GGACCCCACGGCGCUGAGCUCGCGGGCGCUGCGGCAGUCCUUCGCGAGGGGCGCGCCGCUCUGCGGGGACCUGGCGCACGGCCUCGGGGGCGGGGCGCUGGUGCCGGCGCCGGCGCUGGCCCUGGCGGCGGCCAUGGCGGGGCUCGUCCCCGACUCGGUGGAGCUGCUGAAGGAGGUGUCCGCGCGGGACGCGGGCGCGGGGCACUGCGCCGCACUGAGCCAGUGCCUCAGGCUGCAGCCGUUCCGCAUCCGUUUGGCGGAGCAGGCCGACUACCCGGAGCUGAUGGCCCUGGAGGAGCAGUGCUGGGCACCCAACCUCCGCGCGACGGAGCUCGCGAUGCGCGCGAGGCUGAGGACCACCCCCGAGACGGUCCUCGUGGCCACGAAGGAGGACGGCCGCCUGGUGGCCGCGCUGUGGAUGCAGCGGAUCGAUGAGGAGACCGACGUCCUCCAGAUGCAGUACGAGGGCACCCACCUCCACCACAGGCCAGCCGGCAAGCUCGUCCAGCUGCUCGCGAUCGCCUCGAGCGAGCCUGGCGUGGGGAACAAGCUCAGGAACUUCGCGCUGCACCUGGCGUGCCUGGACCCCACCGUCGAGGGGGUCGUGGCCGUCACCCGCGCCUCCGACUUCCGCGGCGGCAGCCCCGCGGAGAUGGAGGACUACAUCGACCGCGUCGCCGCGGGCCACGCGCGGGACGGCACCGUCACCGGCUUCCAUAUGGACGCGGGCGCGCGGGUGAGGUUCGCGGUGCCGAACUACCGCCACAAGGACGUCGCCAACUUCGGCUACGGCGUGCUGAUCCGCUACAACAUCCUCGACAGGGCCUCCCUCGGUCGGCCUCUGCUGCAGCCGGCCCCAGUGGCGGCCGAUGACCAGGGCGCUCAUGGCGAGGAGGCGGCGCCGCUGCCGGGCGGCGGGAUGCGCGGGCUGAUCGAGGGCCUUUGCCGGAAGUUGGCGCCGGAGGACGACAUCACGCAGCCGUUCAUGGACUUCCUCGAUUCCAUGGAGGUCUCCCAGCUCUCGAACAUGAUCGGGACGGAGCUCGGCCGGAGGCUGAACCCCACCGUGGUCCUGGACUACCCGAGCGUGGAGCUCCUGAGCGCGUACCUGGAGGAGACCGCCGUCUCCAGGGCCAGGGCCGGCAAGGGCACCCCUCCGG